GUUUUUUAAAAAUUUUUUGCCAGUCCAUCAAACAGUGAAAAACCCUAACCCCUAAUUAUAUAUAUUUGGGAAGCUUUCUUUUAUCAAUCUGCUUCUUCUGGUGGUCUGCUGCUCACUCUCCUCUUCACCAAAAUGCAAAUGGCUUCAGAGAAGAAGCUGGCAAACACCAUGAGGGAGAUCAAAGUCCAGAAGCUUGUCCUCAAUAUCUCCGUCGGCGAAAGCGGUGACCGUCUUACCAGAGCUGCCAAGGUUUUGGAGCAACUGAGUGGCCAAAGUCCAGUCUUUUCCAAAGCUCGCUACACGGUUCGAUCGUUCGGGAUCAGGCGUAAUGAGAAGAUUGCUUGUUAUGUGACGGUGAGGGGCGAGAAGGCUAUGCAGCUUCUUGAGAGUGGCUUGAAAGUUAAGGAGUAUGAGCUUUUGAGGAGGAACUUCAGUGACUCUGGCUGCUUCGGCUUCGGCAUUCAGGAGCAUAUUGAUCUCGGAAUCAAGUAUGACCCUUCGACUGGAAUCUACGGCAUGGACUUCUAUGUUGUUUUGGAACGCCCAGGGUACCGUGUCGGUCGUCGUCGGAGAUGCAAGUCCACUGUUGGCAUUCAACAUAGGGUUACAAAAGAGGAUGCAAUGAAAUGGUUCCAGGUUAAAUAUGAAGGAGUCAUCCUGAACAAGUCUCAAGCCAUUACAGCUUAGAUUGAUCUUAUUCAACAUUGUAUUUGUUCUUAUUUUAGAAACCGAAUUUACUUAACAUGUUUUUUUGUGCCAGGAAAGUGUUUCCUUAAAAGAGAUUUACCAGUCGGUUUAAAGUGUUCCUGUUAUUAAUUUUAUUCUUGAUGGUUUUCCUUGA